AUGAGCGCUGAUGCCGACAAGGGCGCGGCUGGCAAGGAGAUCUUGAUCAAUCUGUCCAAGAAGGAGCAGCUGAAUCCGUCCAGCAACUGCAAGAAGUUCCACAGAAGGAUAAAGGCAGACUUCUCGAUCUCUGUCAACAAGGACACUAUCACACUGGAGAGGCUGCAGCAGGCGAACCUUGUCAUAUUCGGGGGGCCGAAGGAGAUGUUCUCCAGCGAAGAGUUCCAGGCCAUCAAGGACUACCUGGCGGGGGGCGGCAAUGUCUUGAUCUUGCUAGGUGAGGGCGGCGAGGGCAAGUACAACACGAACGUCAACUGGCUGCUGGAGCAGUUCGGCAUUUUCAUCAACAACGACUCCGUGGUGCGGACGGUGUACCACAAGUACCACCACCCGAAGGAGUGCCUGGUGACGCACGGGAUCCUGUGCAAAGACCUGGUGCGCGCGGCAAAGGGCGAGAAGAAGGCGGGCAAGGAAAACGUGGACAGGCUUGGCCUGAAUAUCACCAAGGACGAUGGAGAAGUCCCCGCCAUGAAGAACGACCAUGGCGGCCUCGAGUUUGUCUUCCCCUACGGAGCCACGCUGAACGUCCAGAAGCCGGCCAUCCCGAUCUUGUCGUCCGGCCCCAUCUCCUAUCCGCUGAACCGACCGCUCGGCGCGGUCGUCGCCAAGCCGCACAUGGGCAAAAUCUGCGUACUGGGGUCCGUGCGCAUGUUCGACGACGAGUUCUUCGAAUUCGAAAAGAACAGGCAGCUGCUGGACACCUUGGUGCGAUGGCAGCUCAACAUCGGGGACUGCGACCUGAGCUUCCCGAACGGGGAGGAACCGGAGCUCAGCGAGUACCACCACAUUCCCCACACGCAGGGCCUGGCCAUGAACCUGCGCAGCUGCUUGCAGGAGGCAGAGCCCCUGCCGCGCGACUUCACGCAGCUCUUCGACGACAGCCUGUUCAAGUUCGACACGGACCUCAUCCCGGAGAGCGUCAAGCUGUACCAGCACCUGGGCGUCAAGCACGACCCGCUGACGCUCAUCCCGCCGCAGUUCGAGACGCCGAUGCCGGCGCUGCAGCCCGCGGUGUACCCGCCCUGCCUCCGGGAACCGCCGCAGCCGAACCUGGAUCUCUUCGACCUCGACGAGCAGUUCGCCUCUGAGCGCAGCAGGCUGGCGCAGCUCACCAACAAGUGCGAAGACAAGGACCUCGACUUCUACAUCCGGCAGGCCGGCGAGAUCCUGGGCGUGACGCAGAAGUUGGGGCAGAACAGGGGCUCCAAGCACAUCCUGGAGUUUAUUUUCAAGGAGCUGGUCAGGUUCAAGAAGAUGAAUCAGGACGAGGUGCCCCAGGGCGGCAUGAUGCAGGACUGA